AUGAAAGUCAGUCGGUUCGGUUUGUUUUUGGUCUCCGCUGUGAUGGGACUCGCCAUCGAAGUGGCUGGAAAUGAGAAGUCCUUUUUGACCACAUACAGCAGCAGUCAGAAGAAAGCCCUGGUGGCCAUCCAGCACAUCCAUGUCUUUGGCGAGUCGCUGUACAUGAAGGUCCGGGCCUACAUCCACGAGGAUCGCCAACAUUUCGAUCUGAAUGUGCGUGUGGUGCGGGAGCUGGGCAGCAAUCACCUGAUCAUGAACAUGAAGGUGCGCGUGAGGCCCGAGGGAGGCACCCAGUUUGUGCAAUUAUUCGAAAUGCGAAGAAUUAACUUUUGCGGCUUCCUCAGCGAAUACAAUUCGAAUCCCAUGCUGCGUUUCCUCUUCAAGAAGAGCAUUAUCCUGAGCGAUGUGAUCGAGUGUCCCAUCCGUGUGGGUAAUUACUCGAUGCUGAACUCCAAUGUGGCGGAAAACAUUCAACCAGAUGGAGUUCAGAAUGGCACCUACAAGUUCUUUGCCGAAAUUGUGGAGGAAAACGGAGAGAUAGCCAAGGUGUUUGCCCUCCAAGUCACCACGUUGGUGUAUAUUGUGGAAAAGGAUGGUUCGGAUGAAUCAAAAGAGGACUAA